UCCCUCUCCAUCCUACAAUGGCAGCCAAGGCCGGGCCCUCCAAACGCGCUGCGUCCCCGAAGAAGGCGAAGACCGCCAUGAAUUCCGCGUCGGCAUCCGAGGCGUCGGACUCGGAAAGCGUGGACAGCAACGACAUUGACGAGGCCGUCGUCGAGACACCCCGCCCAGCCAAGGCUGCGCGCAGAGGCGCCGCCUUGCCGCGAUACCAGCCGCCGAUCGGUAUGGACCCCGUCGCGGUGUCGACGAGCUUCAAGGACAGCCCAUUCGAGUACGAUGCGCUCACGAAGAAGGGCGUGGAGCUGUGGGCCAUUCGGGUGCCGGCGGACUUCAAGGUGUCGCGUCUGUCCUCGCUCGCCCUCGAACGGCCGAGCAAGAAGGGCGUGCGCGGACGGCUGGAGCGGAGCAGCGGGUCAUACACUCUCCAGACUGCGGAGGACGGAGACGGCAUCGGUGCCGAGAUGGCGGGCAUGAGACUGCUCGUGCCGAACAUGAAGGCUGGAGGGAAGCUGAUGAGGGCACCGGGGAUGAUUUCGCGCCGCCUUAUCCUCGCGCCCACCGACGACAAGGCCCAGGGGACGGCGUACACGCCUCCGCCCAAGGUCCAGCGGACACAGCCCGAAGAAAAGCUCAAGUUCCGCAACCGCGCGUACGGGUUCGACACGCCUGGGCCCAGCGAAAAGGCGAAGGCACGGGAUGGCGGGGCAGUCGCCGCGACGGCUUCGCCGACACAGGCGGCAGUGGUGCACGCCGAGGAGGACGCGCCGAAAUCUCUGUCCCAACCCACGUCGUCACAGAAGGAGAAGAAGGCCAGAAAGGAGAAGGAGGGCAAGAAGGAUAAGGAGAAGAACGCGGUCAAGGUGGAGAAGGAGGGCAAGAAGCGCAAGUCGGAAGGGGAGUCGCCCAAGAAGAAGAAGAAGAUCAAGGCCGAGUAGAGUAGCUUGGCCGCGGAGGAGGGAGGCCAUCGUGGGUUGCUGCUGCCUGCCAUUAGAGAUGAUACCUAUGCAUUAUUUAUGUUACACC